GUUUGUUUUGGUGGCGUCGAGACCCGGAAGCGAGUGCGGCCUGCGUGUGGAGAGCGCGGCGAUGGCGCCGGUGUCCCGCUCGCGGAGCCCUUCCUCGCCGCCGCGCAGCAGCCGAGCCCGGAGGUCGAGGUCGCGGUCCCGGUCGAGGUCCCGGCCGAGGCCUGGCCUCCCUCCGCGGGGCUUGUGGCACGGAGAGGCCGGCAAGGAGCAGGAGGAGGCGCUGCGGCAGAGGCGAUUAAAUGAAAGGGAACGGAUAGGUGAACUGGGAGCACCUGAAGUUUGGGGACUGUCGCCAAAAGUUCCUGAACCAGAUUCUGAUGAACAUACCCCAGCAGAAGAUGAAGAUGGGACUUCGAAGAAGAGUAGCUCCUCGGAUUCCAGCUCCGAAGAGGAGGAGAAGAAGAAAAAGAAAAAGAAGAAGAAAAAGAAGCGAAAAGCUGCUUCACGUGACGAGGAAAAGAAAAGAGCCAAGAAGAAGAAAAAGAAGCACAGAAAAAAGAAAUCUAAGAAGAAAAAGAGCAAGAGGAGCCGGAAGGACUCCAGCGACUCAAGCAGUGAAGAUUCCGACAGUGAGACGAUCCCGGGGGACGAGCUGUGGAUCGAAAGGUCAAAGAAUGCAGACGCAGUGGAUUUCAUUGGUCCAGAAGCUCCUAUUACCCACGCUUCCCAGGAUGACCGGCCCUUGAACUACGGCCAUGCUCUGCUCCCUGGUGAAGGUGCUGCCAUGGCAGAGUAUGUCAAAGCAGGGAAACGCAUCCCUAGAAGAGGUGAGAUUGGCCUCACCAGCGAAGAGAUUGCAUCGUUUGAGAAGUCCGGCUAUGUAAUGAGUGGCAGCAGGCACCGGCGAAUGGAAGCCGUGCGUCUGCGCAAAGAGAACCAGAUUUACAGCGCCGACGAGAAACGGGCCCUGGCGUCUUUCAACCAGGAGGAGCGGCGCAAGAGGGAGAACAAGAUCUUGGCCAGCUUCCGGGAGAUGGUUUACCGGAAAACCAAGGGCAAGGACGAGAAAUGAACAGCUUGCUGCUUUGUAUCGCCUCUCCAUAGUGAUUUGCAAAUGCGUGUAUUUGCAAGGUUUUGGAUAUCAGACAAACAGCCCUUUCCGGUGUCAUUUGCAAUGCCUUGGAGGACAUUGAGGGACAUAAAAUGUCAAGUCAGAAACUCAGAAAGGAUAGCAAUCCUGCAGACUUACGCCAACACGUUGUUAGGAACCUGAUCCUGCCGCCUUUCGGUAAUCUUGGAAAACAGCAUUUUAUUUUAAUUAAUUAAUAAAAUUCUGUAAACAACAACCAAAUCUGAGAUU